AUGCAAACUCCACAGGCUUUUGCCCAAGCCCCAGCCGACACUUACUGUCUCAGCGGCUGUCUGCAGCACCCCAUCGCCAUCUCAGGAUUUCUCGCUGCUGCAGCGUCUGUCUUAGGAAAACUGGCUUGCAGCUUCAGUCCCAGCGAUCCGCUUCAGCAGUUCUCGGCUUCCUUGUUGCGUUGGCUCUGUCCCAGUCUCCCCGUCGACGGAGACGUGCUUCUGGUGCAAGGCGAUGCAGACUCUGGCUUCACGCAGUUUAAUCUGAAACCUGAUGGCUUUGGAGCCUUGGAGUGGCGCUGCUCUCUGCUUCAAAGACGCGCAGUCACUACUGAGUCACCGUCGCGAAAGCAUACUCAGUAG